AUGUUGGGAACCCCCAAACCGGCCUCCUCCAUCCUCUUUCUUUCUUUCUUUUUGGGCAAAAUUGGGAAACAUAGCGUCGUCUCGGCCGUUUUGCCGGACAGCGAAUAUGGCACAGACUCUGCAGCAGGUUGCAAGAGACAUGCUGCACAGCUUUCCAAACAUCAGAAUUGGUUUAAUGUAAAUGGCCUCAAGGCACAGUAUGAGGAAGAAGGGCAUCAGCUUGAAGAAGCUAUCAAUAAAAUUCUCAAAAAGAACCAAAGACUUCGGCAGAAGUACAAGCGGCCGGACCCAAGAAGUGACAGGCUGUAUAAAGCUGAAGUUACUCAUCCACCAGACAGUGACAUGACCUGCGCAGCUGUCUGCCGUGACGAUCCAUCAAAGUUGAUAGUCCGACACGAACGGACUGAGAGCGAAGACAAUCCAAAAAUCCAUUACGGUUUGAUUGCGUCAGCAAAUCAGUUAAUGAAGGAUGCUUUGAUCCGAGAUGCGCUCGCACAAGAAAAGGACGUAUUAUGUUUUGAAAUGGAAGCGGCUGGGCUGAUGAACCACUUUCCUUGUCUGGUUAUUCGAGGUAUCUGCGAUUACUCAGAUUCCCAUAAGAACAAAGAGUGGCAAGGGUAUGCAGCUAUGGCUGCAGCUGCAUAUGCUAAAGACAUUCUUUGUCAACUUCCCCCCACCAGGGUGGAGGCUGAGAAGAGGAUCAAUGAUAUUCUUUCUUCUGUUACAGAAAGCAUGAGUAAAGUCCAAGUUACAACUCAAGAUACAAAUAUUAUUGUCAAAAAGUUGUGCACAGAAUAUAUGCGAGACAAAAUUGAACGCUGGCUGUCUCCCCCAGAUCCCUCAGCUGAUUAUAAUAAAGCACUACAGCAACGCCACAAGGACUCAGGCCUCUGGUUCCUUCAUGGCGAUGUUUUUGCCAAAUGGAAGAAGCGACCAAAUUCCUUUCUGUGGCUUCAUGGCAUCCCUGGAUGCAGGAAGACAAUUCUCAGCUCUGCCAUCAUUCAGGAUCUUGAGGAAACCACAUACCAACCAGUCCUCUACUUUUAUUUCAACUUCAACGACAUCAGUAAGCAGUCACUGGACAGCAUGAUCCGCUCACUCAUCAGUCAGCUCUACAACAAACAGGAGGACAUCAGGGAGCAGUUAAAUUCACUCUUCUCUUCCUGCGAAGACGGACGUCGACAGCCAACUACUGAAUCAUUGAAUAUUAGUCUCCGGCAGAUGAUACAGCAGGUUGGUGAAGUCUGGAUUGUACUGGAUGCUCUUGACGAAUGCAAUACAAGGAAAGAAACUGAAGCACUGCUGUUAUGGAUAAAAUGCAUCCUAGACUCUGAGCUGAGGAAUGUCCACCUCAUUGUCACAAGUCGCCCAGAACAAGACAUUGAAUCGGCCAUAAGUGAAUGGGCUAGAACUGAAGACAUGAUAGCCAUUCAGAAGGCGUUUGUUACUAAUGAUAUCCGUGAAUAUGUUCGUACAAAAAUCAGAGAGGAUGAAGGCCUCAAGAGGUGGCGAUCGAUUCCAGAAGUUCAGGAUGAGAUUGAGAACAGACUUAUGGAGAAAGCUGAUGGAAUGUUCCGCUGGGCUGCGUGCCAGGUAGAGGCAUUAAAGAGCUGCCUUGAUUAUCCUGAACUCCGAGAAGCACUUGCAUCCCUCCCGGACACAUUGGAUGAAACCUACGCCCGAAUACUAAAUUCUAUUCCUCGUGGGCAUAAACAAAAGGCCAUAAGGAUUCUGCAAUUCUUAUCCUUCUCCAAUCGGUCUCUGCUAAUUGAAGAGGCUGUUGACGCAAUAGCCGUGGACCCUGAAGGCGUGCCACGAUUUGACCCCAAAAAUAGGAUGCCGGUGCCAAGGGAGAUAUCGAGGUACUGCUCAAGCUUGGUGGUCGUUGUCAACAGAAAGAAACACUGGUAUGAUCAGAACGACCAGGACAUUCCAGUGCAAAGAAUCAGGGAGAUCUUUCCAUUGGCUCAGUAUUGUGCAGAGUAUUGGAUGCAUCAUGCUGCUAUAGGCGAAGGCAGGGACAAGGUGCUACAAAGGCUUAUCAUGGAGUUUUUUUCUCUCCAGUGA